GAAUCACCCAAAUCUGCCUUCUUUCCGCCUCUACUGGAGUCACAGGAAAAUCAGAGAUCAACCAACUUCAAUCCACAUCUGCAUUCAGGAGUUGCUAGUCUAGUUGGUGAAGCCCUAUACACAAGAAUCAUUGUCUUUUUGAACUCUUCAUAGCUCCAUAGGUGUUUUCCUGGAUAUUUCAGAGGGUGCUUCAUUAGCUAGCAUAUAUGGUUUUCCAAGGACCUGUUGAUUGAAGAAUAAUUUUGUUGUUAGAAACUCCAAUUUUAUUCUGAAAAAGGUCAAAUGGAGAUAUCUUUGUUAAAAGCGCUUCUUAGUAAUAUUUCCUCAUUUCUAAGUAUUUCAUCUCUUGACAACAUAAACUCAGACCUGGUGCAGAAGUAUUACCAGAGGUCAGAAGAGAUACUGAAGUUGUUGAAGCCAAUUCUUGAUGCAAUUAGUGCUUCUGAAGUUGCUACCAAUGAAGUGCUUGGCAAGACAUUUGGAGAAUUGGACCAAUCUGUAGGGGAAUUGAGAGAGCUCUUUGAAAACUGGCAACCGCUGCUCAGUAAAGUUUACUUUGUUCUGCAAAUUGAAUCAUUGAUAUUCAAGAUUCGGAAUUCUGGUGCGGACAUUUUCCAAUUUCUGAAGUCUUCUCAUCAGCAUCUGCCUGAUGAAUUGAGUUCAUCAUCUCUUGAGCACUGCUUACAGAAACUUAAGCAUGUGGGAUAUGAACAGACAACAUCUGUUAUUAAGGAAGCUAUAAAGGAUCGAGAGGAUGGUGUUUGGCGCAAUGCAGAGAUGCUAGUUAAAAUUGCAGACAGCCUGACGUUGAGGUCAAACCAGGAGAUUCUCAUUGAGGCUGUUGCCCUUGAAAAGUUAAAGGAAAAUGCUGAACAAUCUGACAAGACUGAAGAAGUUGAGUUUAUUGAUCAAAUGAUUGCUAUUGUAACUCGCAUGCAUGAACGUCUUGUUUCAAUUAAACAGUCGCAGACCUGUAGUCCUGUCCCCAUACCUGCUGAUUUUUGCUGCCCCCUUUCCCUGGAGCUGAUGACUGAUCCAGUGAUUGUGGCAUCGGGACAAACCUAUGAGAAGGCUUUCAUCAAGAAAUGGAUUGAUCUUGGGCUCACUGUAUGCCCAAAGACACGGCAGACUUUGGGACAUACCAAUCUGAUUCCUAAUUACACUGUAAAGGCACUGAUAGCAAACUGGUGUGAAUCAAACAAUGUGAGGUUGCCUGAUCCCAUGAAGACUCUGAGUUUAAACCCACCUUCUCCCCUUCUUGUGCAUGGAGAUUCUGGUGUGCAAAGGGAUUCACAUAGUUCUCCUCAAUCCAGGGCCCAAACAAUGUCAUCUGACUCCAGACCUACAUGUUCAUUGGGUAAAAACAUAACUGUAUUGAAUGGAAUUCAUCAAGAGGGAACAUCCCCACCACAUUUCACUUCAACUUCAAAUGGUUCUAUGUCUGGUGUUACUGGAAAUGGGCUAGGUCUGGAUAUUGCAAGGAUAUCAGUAAAUAAUGCUGAAGACAGAUCAAGCACUGAGCAGAGGGAUAGAGAUUCAGGCUCCCAACCAUCUGUAUCUCCAUCUAGAAGAGAAUUGUCCAAUGCUGGACAAUCAUCUCAGAACCAUACUAGAUCUGCUUCAGCCUCCAGUAUGCCUUCUAAUUCAGAUUCUCCUCGAGGAGCAAAUGAAGAUGCCAAUGAGACUGCUGUUGGAUCAAAUCAUCUCACAACCUACGGCAGUGAUGGUUCUGGAGAUGUGAGGGCUGAGCCACAUGCUGCAGCUAGCUCAACCAUCCUACAGAGAGACCCUGAGUUCCCACCACGAUCUCGUAGCCAAACAAUAAGGCGUCGGCCAUCAGAUAGACACAUCCCAAGGAUAGUUUCCACUCCUGCUAUUGAAUCAAGACCUGAUCUUUCUGCCAUUGAAACCCAGGUCCGUAAGUUGGUGGAGGACUUGAGCAGCUCUUCAGUUGAUACUCAAAGACAGGCAACAUCUGAACUCAGGUUACUUGCCAAGCACAAUAUGGAUAAUCGUAUUGUAAUUGCAAACUCGGGGGCCAUUAGCUUGUUAGUUGAGUUGCUUCACUCAUCUGACACAAUGACUCAAGAAAAUGCUGUCACAGCGCUUCUAAACUUAUCAAUUAAUGAUAACAACAAAACACUUAUUGGUAAUGCCAAUGCAAUUAAGCCUCUUAUUCAUGUACUUGAGACUGGGAGUCCUGAAGCUAAAUCAAAUUCAGCUGCUACUCUUUUUAGCCUUUCAGUGAUUGAGGAUAACAAGGUCAGAAUUGGAAGGUCUGGGGCCAUCCAACCUCUUGUUGACUUAUUGGGGAAUGGAACUCCUAGAGGAAAGAAAGAUGCAGCUACAGCUUUGUUCAAUUUGUCAAUAUUUCAUGAGAACAAGGCUCGUAUUGUGCAAGCUGGCGCUGUAAAAUAUCUAGUGGAGUUGAUGGACCCAGCUGCGGGAAUGGUUGAUAAGGCAGUUGCCGUUUUGGGAAAUCUUGCUACAAUUCUUGAAGGGAGGAAUGCAAUCGGUCAGGAGGGUGGGAUUCCUGUUCUAGUUGAGGUUGUUGAAUUGGGUUCUGCAAGAGGAAGGGAAAAUGCAGCCGCUGCUCUCUUGCAGCUUUGUACAAACAGUACUAGGUUUUGCGGUAUGGUGCUCCAAGAAGGAGCUGUUCCUCCACUAGUGGCUCUGUCACUGUCUGGCACGCCAAGGGCUAGAGAAAAGGCUCAGGCGCUCCUUAGCUAUUUCAGAAACCACAGACAUGGAGCAGCUGGGAGGGGCUGAUUUCAGAAACAACCUUCGUUUCCAUCCUAGGUUGUAGGUCCAGGUUUUUAUACAUUUUUGUGUAUACAUUUCAACUUGCAAACAGUGCAUUAAGGUUUUGCUACGUGGAUUUUACCUAUUUGUAUUGUAGAGGGAAAACAAUGUGAGUAUUUGAUUGAAUCCUCUUGUGAAAUACAUAUGUGAAUUUGGGAAGAAAUUUUAUACAUUGGAAUCUAACCGUUGUAGUGACUGGUGAAAUCAGGGUUAUGUUUGAUGUUGUGUUCACAGUCCACUGACACCCUCACAGAUACUGAAUAUUAAGACUACUUUGAAAUGUAUGCUUCCAAGCAAGUGACUAGGAAGGAACACCCAUCUAGUGAUUAUUUUUCAUUAAUGAGAACCCAUCACUGUUGUGCUUGCUUUACAUCGUAAUUGUUUUUGUUUGAGUUGGCACUCAAACUGAAUGGGGAGACAAGGCAACGAGAAUAACAAUUCAGAUUCUAG